AUGUGUAGUAGUAGUGCAAUGCAAGGAGUUUCGCAAUUGGACCUUAAUAAUUGUGACCUUCCAAUACAUGAUUUACAACGUGUAUUUUCUUGUAAAUAUUUCAAUAGCUUGGUUACACUGGAAUUGAAGGGAAACCGGAUUGAUUUUGGCACUUUCAGUGAGGUUUUACGAAAAGCAUCAUUCCUUUCCAGCUUGACUGAAUUCGCACUACCACGCAUUAUUGUGGAAAAUUAUCAGGAUCUAGUCAAUUUAUUUGUAGAAAUUGCAAACUCUUCCUCCAAUCCUCUGUUCCUUUACAAAGCAGGUACUACCCUUUAUUCACACAAUCAGAAAUCUCAAGGAUUUGAUUUUCAUUUGAAAGCUGCUGAAUUGGGACAUUUGCCAUCCCACCACACCAUUGGAAGGGUGUUUGAAAAGAGGAAAGAGCACAAAGAAGCAUUCAGGUGGUUCAAAAAAUCAGCAAAACAUGGAAUUAUGAAAUCUCAAUAUAAAAUUGGGAGCUUUUAUGCAAAUGGUGUUGGAACUGAAAAGAAUAUUAGAAAAGCAUUCAAGUGGACAACCAGAUCUGCACAACAAGGAUAUGUACGAGCUCAAAUUAACCUGGCAGUCUUGUUCCAUUUUGAACCUGGUUAUGAAGAUAAAGAAAAGAAUAGAUUUUGGCUUGAGAAGGCAGUUAAUCAAGGUGAUCCAGGUGCUAUGAAUGAUUUAGGAAAGUUCUAUACCAAUAGAGACGAGUAUGAAGAUCUAGAGAGAGCUCUCGAAUUAUUCACAAGAGCUGAAGAGUUGGGAUUAAAAAUAGCAACAGACAACAGAUUGAAAAUCCAAUUAAGACUCAUGGAUAGAGGCAUUGUUGUAGGUGAUGAGUAUGAGGAUGAGGAUGAUGAUGAUGAUGAGGAUGAAGUUGAUGAGAAUGUUGAAGAUGAUGACGAAUAUUUUGAGGAUGUUGAAGAUGAUGAAUUCAUUGAAUGA